GAUGGGAAUCAUGGGAGAGAGUGGAUAUAUAAACCGCGCUUGGGCCGGCCCGGUAUUCUCACUCCCUGAUUCUCAGUAGCCUCCCAGCACGCGUCGGAAGAAGUAUCUUUGCAGUUGUCUCUCUCGCGAGUCAGUCCGUUGUUCGCUAAGCGCCGCUUAACCUCCCACGCGAUGUCCUUCCUAUCCUCGUCCCAGAUGCUGAAGGGCAGCGUCAACCUCCUGAGCCAGAACGCCCUCGCAGACGCGUCCGCCGGAGCCGAGGAUCUCCGAUCGCCGCCCUGCGACGUGUACCUAUACUCGCGCGCCGUCAUGGGGAACGAAGGCAAGGGCACUAUGGGCGCCAAGCACUGGGCCCUCUACUUCGACUGGGGGUACUACUCAGCCACCUACGACGCCAAUGAGCAGAACGGCCUCCUGACGCCCUUCUGUUGCGAGGGCAAACCGAAGGCGCCGUCGCCCGACGUGAAGUUCAGCGUCAAGGUCGUCAAGCGGAAUCUGAGGGCGACGCCUCACGCCGUCGACGAGAAGGCGAAGGAGAAUCGCUACAGCGGGAAGGUUUACGACCUGAUCGUGGCCAACUGUCAGAUCUGGGCCAGGGAGCUGGCGAGGCUCCUCGGGUUCGAUCUCCCGACGGGGCAGGUGGAGGAGGUCGUCGACAUUGGGCUGACGACUGUUGUGGGUGUCGGAGUCGUCACGACCCUCCUCACGACCGCUAUGAAGAACAAGAGUUAGCGCACAUAGUCGUUGACGACUAGAAGUAUAUAUUAUAUUAGGUAUUAAGGGGGACGAGUGGAAUAUUAUCACCAGGAAUUUAUCACCGAAUUAUACCAUCGAAUUAAUAUUUUUUCACCUGAGAUAGUUCAUCUUCAAGCACAAAAAAGAAGUUGAGGACCAUUGGAAGUCUCGAAGAAGAUGACGAAGAAGAAGAGAAACUUUGGGAACAAGAAU